UGAGGAGACGGCCCCCCCCGCCGCCGCCGGGCGCCGCAGCCGCCGCCAUGUCGGACCGGCUCGGCAAACCCACCUGCCUCAUCGUCGCCAGCGCCGCCGCCGCGGGUGUGUCAGCCCAGUCCUUCCUUCACUGCUUUACGCUGGCUAGCUCUGCUUUUAAUCUGCAAGUUGCAACUCCUGGGGGAAAAUCCAUUGAUUUUGUGGAUGUGAGCGAGAGCAACAUGCGCUGGAUCCAGGACUUCCGUAUGAAACCGUACGCGAACCCUGCCAAGCUGGAGUCCAUCGAUGGUGCUAGAUACCACGCGCUGCUGAUCCCAAACUGCCCUGGGGCUAUGACAGACCUUGCAAACAGUGGGUACCUGGCUAAGAUACUGCAGCACUUCAGUGCUGAGAACAAGCCUAUUUGUGCGAUCGGACACGGCGUCACAGCUUUGUGUUGUGCCACCAAUGAGGAUAAAUCCUGGGUAUUUCAGGGAUACAGCCUCACAGGGCCUUCCGUGUACGAACUAGUAAGGCAGCCUAAUUUUGCCAGUUUGUCCAUUAUCGUAGAAGAUUUUGUGAAGGAUUCUGGAGCUACAUUUAGUGCCAGCAGUCCGGAUGCUGUGCACGUCGUGCUGGACAGGCACCUGGUGACAGGACAGAAUGAGAAUUCCACUCUUCCUGCCGUCCAGAAUCUUCUCAUUCUUUGCAAUGUCAGCAGGAAAUGAAGGAGCGGGUCCCUUUGCAAAUGGGCUGGAUGAAGAGCCAGCAGGGCUAAGGACUUGCUUGUCUGUUACCUGGAUAAAACAGCCCUCUCAAAUUCUGUUCUGGACUGUGAAGUGGCUGUGACAGUGAAGUGGCAAUGUCAGGUUUUGUAUAUAUAGAGUGGCUGAAGGUUGUGGAUAAGGAGACUUUGAAGUGCAUCACGCUUCAGAAGAAACCUUGCCUUUUUGUUGCUACAUCUUCUUUUCACCGCUUCUCCCUAGACCCUUAACUUAACAGAUGUGGGAACUGUGGCUUGUUAAAAAAACACACAUAUUUGGUGCUAUGAAUACAAAUUGCUGAAGCUGAAGACUCUGCUCUAGGCUGAUCAUUUGUAACUCUGCCCCAAAGAGGACCUGGAACUCUGUGAACAGUCUGGCGCUUGUGUUUCAAAUAUCAAAAAUCUACACCCAGAGCUUCAUUGAAAUGCAAGAUGCAGUCUCACCUUGCUUUUGGUAGGUCACAAAGUUACCGUCUGAACUCUGAAAUGGCUCUGGGACACUUGGAUGUACUUGGAAUAGGAU